GUCAUAUUGGCAAUUGCAAGCGGUGGGACAAUUCCUUGGCAUCCAGUCGCAAAUAUUGUUCUUGGCCUGCAGUGGAUUGCCGUAUAUAUUUAUUUCACGCCUACACCAAUCAUGAUUUUUUGAUUUUAUAAUUUAAAAGGCUGAGUGUAGUAAGAAGGAGUAAAAGGAAGUGUUACUUAAUAAACGGUACAAGAGCAGGAAAACAUUCGGUGUUAAAAUGAACGCGUUAAAUUGUCAUACACACAGUUGUCUGGCGUGCUCUCUCAAACUACUUGGGUUCUUCAUAAUAUUCAACACGCUGACACUGUCAUAUCUAACGACAAAAACAAUCGCAUCACCACAAAUUGCAACUACUUUAACGCCGGCUGUGAAUCCACAACAUCUGGACAAUUCCGCUUGCAACGACGCGCGAUGUAAAUGCAAUAAAAGUCACAAUCUUGAAUGUAUUAUGAAAGGAGUUUUUAUAUUUAUUGACAUCGACGUGCCAGAAGAAAAUAUCACAUCGAUCUCUACAAGCUGUGCGGUGAAUACAACUGUUCAGGAAAUAGAGGAAAUGCAGAUCCCUUUCCGCUUUAUGCAUAAUGAGGUGGAAUUUUCUGUGCACAAUUGUGCUGUAUUGCCGGAAAUAUUGAGGCGCGCAAAUAUAAACUACGGAGGUUUUAUCAAAUUCGACGGCGCUUCACCUGUGCCAGCGCACUUUUUACACAACGCGGUUGGUUUGCAGCGGUUAUGCUUUUAUUUGGAAGGUAAUAACACCGCUGAGGACAUAUUGCCCGCACAAUUUUUUCACAACCAAAGCUCAUUGAAAGACCUUGAGUUAGAACUGUAUUGUGAGCCUUAUGAGAUAACACUACCAUCGCAAAUAUUCCAUACGCUCUACGGGCUGGAGGUGCUUUUUGUAAGCGUUAAUAACGAUGACAAUCCAAAAAAUAAAACGGUGUUGCAUAAUUUGACAGCGGAACAUUUUCGUGAUACAUCGAAAUUGCGUAAAUUAGACUUGAGAGGUAAUUACAUGCAAACAUUGCCAAGUGAACUCUUUGCAACGCUAACUAAAUUAAACGAAUUGACUUUAUCAAGAAAUGAUUUGGCGGCGCUGCCAAGUGGUUUACUGCGCGCGCAAGGGAAACUGAUAGUUCUUAAUCUUUCUUAUAAUCUGUUGCAGGCACUACCACCUGACAUCUUUGAUACGACCCCGCUUUUGUGGAAGCUUGAUUUGAGUUAUAAUCAAUUUAGUGUGCCUACAAAUAUUAUUGCUGCUGUCCAACCAUUGCGAUAUCUCUACAGACUAUUUUUGAGUGACAAUUACUUUACGCACAUUACGGGGGUUGGCGAGUUUGAAAAUUAUACAUUACUCUCGCGUCAGCAAAUUAGAGAAAUUAGUGCUGCGCCGGCUUAUUUUCAACGCUAUUUGGAGCCGCUGUCGAGUGAAUGGGAACCGUAUAAUAUGACUUUAGUCGAUCUAAGUUAUAAUCGCAUUGAAGCAUUUCAUUUAAGUGAGAUCAGUGCUGCUGACGUAAAAUGUCCAUAUGAGCUCAAUUUCAGCAAUAAUCAAAUAAAGCAUAUAUACGCAUUAAAUCAUUUACCGCAAAAUGUUGGGAUGUGUACGCGCAAAAUAUUAUUAGAGGACAAUCCACUGCAGUGCGACUGCACCAUAUCUAGGAUCUACACCACAGCUUAUGUGGAGUGUGUUGGGCGUGAAGGCAGCGAGAAUACAUAUUUGUAUGAGAAUCCCGCUAUUUGUGCCUGGACUCCAAGCAUUUGUCCCACCGCUUGCAAUUGUCAUUAUGACUCGCAAACGCUGCACAUCAACUGUACACUCGCGCGUUUGGAGAGUCUUACCGAGUUGCCGCGACCAGAGCAGGUUUCUUUGACACAGAGUUCGCUUGAUAUUUCGCACAAUCUCUUUUUCGAAUUACCUCCGAAUGUGACCUUCGGUUAUGCCAAUGUAACGCGCUUGUAUGCGGCACAUAAUCGCCUAAAGAAUAUACAAAGCGCGCACUUGCCGCCGCAUUUGGAAGCGCUUGAUGUGCGCAACAAUAGUUUAGAGCGCUUGAGCGACAGUUUUAUACAAUACUUUCUCAAUGAGAGCGUCACUUUGCAGCAACUAUAUCUCUCUGAGAAUCCAUGGCAUUGCGACUGUGGCGCUGAGCAGACGCUGAACGCCGUGCGUACGCAUCGUAAGCGCAUAUCCGAUGUGGCGCUCUUGGCUUGUGCUAAUCUAGAGAAUAUCAGCUUGCUGCAAGCGCGCUACGAAGAUGUAUGUGUGUCUGAAUCAAUGCGCUUGGCGUGGCUACUUUUCAGCAUAUCACUGGUAAUCAUUGUGUUCAUUAGCCUAUUGGCGCUUUAUUAUAAAUAUAAUUUGGAGAUCCAUGUGUGGCUGUAUGCGCACGGUAUAUUUCUCUGUUGUACAAGCGAACAUGAGUUGGACAAGGACAAAACAUUCGAUGCAUUCAUAUCGUAUGCCCAUCAGGACGCACGUUUUGUUAAUGACAUUCUAUUGCCUGGUCUCGAGCAGGGUGAGCCACAAUUUAGUGUCUGCACGCAUGAGCGCAAUUGGUUGGCGGGCGCUUACAUACCCGAACAAAUAAUUGAGUCAGUCGCUCAAUCGCGUCGUACGAUUAUUGUUCUCUCACAAGACUUCAUCGAAUCGGAUUGGGCGCGCAUGGAAUUCCGCACCGCUCAUCAGUGUUCCUUGAAUGAACGACGCUCGCGCAUAAUUAUAAUAAGGUAUGGUGAGCUUACUGACUUGUCGAAGCUCGAUAAGGAAUUACGCGCCUAUUUAACUAUGAACACCUACUUGGAGUGGGUAGAACAUCCAUGGUUUUGGAGUAAGUUGCGUUAUGCAAUGCCACAUCGCAAGGGAGAGGUGCGCAAUGCCGGUAUGCUUGAGUUGAAUGAACGUCGGAGAGUGUAUGUAAUUGGCGAUGUAGAGCGGAAUACGUAGCGCGAACGAGAUGAAUAGUAAAUGCAGUAAUCUUGGGGAUAAUAAUCUAAUAUUAAAAAAAUAUCCAAAAGCAUCAUAUCUAUUUAAUAUUUUAAGAUUCAAUGUAUAAAAAUAUUUUCAAUAAAUUUUUGAAUAUUUUUAACUUCUUA